AUGUUUUCAAGCAAAUUAAUGAGGCGUUUCUCUACUAAAAAUAUCUCGAAGCAGCAGCAGUACCUGUCACCUACAAUUUAUGCUUUAUCUACUGCGCCAGCAAGAGCAGCUAUUGGCGUUAUCAGGAUUUCUGGGCCCUCCUGUGGAAAGAUAUUCACGCAGCUAACAGGCUCAACAAAAUUACCCAAACAUAGACUAGCAACAGUAAGGAAGAUUUAUGAUGAUACUAUCUCUAGUGUGGGUAAGGAUCAGACAGGGCGAUUGCUUCUUGAUGAACCUUUAAUUCUGUACUUUCAAUCUCCGAGGUCCUACACAGGAGAAGAUCUACUGGAACUUCAUUUGCAUGGUGGUACCGCAGUGAUCAACAAAGUUAUGGAAACAAUAAGUAAAUUUCACAUGGCGAAUGCACCAGUGAGGCUGGCUGAGCCAGGAGAAUUCUCUAAACGUGCGUUUCAAAACCAGAGGUUUGAUUUAACCGAAGUAGAGGGGAUAAAUACUCUAAUUCAUGCUGAGACAGAAAUGCAAAGAAUCAGUGCCUUAUCUUCAGUGAAAGGGGAAACCAAUGUUUUAUUUAACGAGUGGAGAGACCGUAUACUAAAGAAUAUUGCAUUGUUAACCACGGUGAUUGAUUUUGGUGAAGAUCAUGACAUUGAAGAAAUCAACGAACUAUUUCAAAGUGUUGGCAAUGAUGUAUCUAAACUGGAUGAUGAGAUUCGUAAAUAUGUGAGUAAAAUAAAAAGAUCACAAGUUUUACUAGAAGGCAUAAAACUGACUUUGAUAGGCCCCCCCAAUGCAGGUAAAAGUAGUUUGCUAAAUAUUUUGGCUCAAGAGGAUAAGGCCAUUGUGAGUAGCAUUGCCGGCACCACAAGAGAUGCAAUGGAAGUGCCACUUGACAUCAGUGGCUACAAGGUAAUAGUCGGAGACACCGCCGGUAUUCGUAGAAGCUCAGAUGUGAUUGAAAAUGAAGGGAUAAGGAGAGCGAAGAAGAAAUCACUCACAUCCGAUAUUAAUAUUGUACUUCUACCCGCAGAUGAUGACAAGAUUGAUCCAAGCUUCUUAUCUCACGCAUCCAAUGUCAUAAGUGACAAAAAAAUGCUGUCGUAUGUUAUUGUUAACAAGGUUGACCUAAUAGAUGAUGCAACCAAACAAACUCUACCUGAACGUCUAUCACAGAAGUUAAAAAUCCCAAGAGAUAGGAUCAAGCUUAUCAGUUGUACUACCCAAUGCGGUAUUGAAGAACUAAUACAAGACUUGACAAACAGAUUCAAGGAAAUUACGAGUACCGAGAUUGCCGAUCCAGUUACAAUUUCUAAACGUGCCAGGGAAAUAUUAAUCAACGAUAUUCUUUAUGGGUUUUCUGAAUUUCGUAAGUUCAAGGAUGCAGAUGAUAUAGUUAUGGCAUCUGAAGCGCUAAGAUGUAGUGUUGACGGUAUUGGGAAAAUCACAGGUGAAGCGAUUGGCGUUGAAGAAAUUUUAGGCGUUGUAUUUUCAAAAUUCUGUAUUGGUAAAUAG